UAAAGUACUCGCCCUCCUUUCCGUAAUAGUCAAAACUUUGGCGGGAGACCCUUACUUCUCAAAGUCCACAAACCCAGGAACCUGAAUGCUCAUCGCCGCCGUCUUCACCACCACCACCAUAUCCUUUCUCUCUCCUCGCCGUCUACUUCUCUCUCAUCAACCUCUUCUCCUCCUCAAUAACCCUACCUCUAAACUCUCCUUCCUCCACCUCCAAGCUCGGCCUCCAAUGGCGUCCUCCUUCGUCGCCGAGUACGCUAAAUCGAAUCGCUCCGCUUGCAAAACAUGCUCUGACAAAAUUGCUGCUAAUGCAUUGAGGUUGGGUGUUGUCACCAAAGACAAACAAAGAGGGUUUGACGCCACUAAAUGGCACCAUUUCCACUGCUUCUCCUUUAAGUCUAACUCCGUUUCGUCUCUCUCGGCUAUUCGAGGGUUUGAUUCUCUUAAGAGUGACGAUCAAGAGGCUAUGAAGAAAUUGGUGGAGGAACUUGGCAAGGAGAAGGAUAUCGAUGAUGACGCAGCUGCUGGACAGGAACAAAACAUUUCCAAGAAAAAGAAGCGCGGAGAUAGUGAUGAUGCUGUAGAGAAGCAAGAAAGUUCGAAGAAAUUGCAGCUUUCUGUGAGCGAGGAGGCAAAUGUCAAGAUUACACUUGCAACAUCUGAUAUAAAGGAUAUAUACCAGGGAGCUACAUUACUGCCAAAUUGGAAAGCAUUUCAUAGCAUCAUAUUUCUUGAGAAGGAUGCUGGCCUACAAGAUUCAAGUAAAAUUGCCGCAUUUGAUUUUGAUGGAUGUCUUGCAAACACUGAUGUGAAGAGGACUGGUGCAGAUGCCUGGUCCCUUAUGUAUCCAUCAAUACCUGACAAAUUGCAGAAGCUGUACAAUGAUGGCUACAAGCUGGUCAUAUUUACUAAUGAAUCCAAUAUAGACCGCUGGAAGAAUAAGAGACAGAAAGCUGUGGAUUCAAAAGUUGGACGCCUGAACAACUUUAUCAACCUUGUGAAAGUCCCGAUUCAGGUAUACAUAGCAUGCGGUUUUGGACUUACAGACCCAUACCGUAAACCCAAAACUGGAAUGUGGCAUGUUAUGGAACGGCACUUUAAUUCUGGAAUUCCAGUUGAUAUGGAUCAGUCCUUUUAUGUCGGGGAUGCAGCUGGGAGGAAAAAUGAUCACAGUGAUGCUGAUAUCAAAUUUGCUCAGGAUGUUGGGUUGAAGUUCUAUGUUCCAGAGGACUUCUUCACCGUAUAGACAUGCACUAAUCAUAGCAAGUAUAUGAACUGACAUUCUUGGGCUGCUGCUGAUAGUUGAUUGCGCUUAAUUUUUCGAUGGUCAUCCUGAUUUUCCCUUGUACAUAAUAAACAUGGUAUAUCAUUGCUGAAAAUUUUCUGAUCUGCUGUAUGCUUGAUAUGUACGUCAAUUAUGAUAUUUCUACAUACUAUUGAAGUUGAGAUCUCUGUUUUAGCCUAGUAAAAAUCUGUAAUGCACCUUUGGUAGAACUGAUCUACUAUUGUAUUGGUAUUUAAUUGUUUAUAUAAGAUAUCUGCUCUUAUCAAUCGC